ACUUCCCGGAAGUACGUUGGGGACACAGGCCCCAUCGAUUCAACACAACUGCAUACAUAAGCACUUACUAAUAAUAAAGCUCUGUAUGUCAUUUUCAUGGAGUUCUAUCGCUGAAGCAUAUGGAGUGUCAAGAGGAAAAGCCAAUCAUCUAUACUAUGGAAAACAAGCCGAUCGUGACAUGUGCUGGAGACCAAGGCUUGUUUAUGUCUCUUUAUACUUCAUUGGCUCAGCAGCUUCCCAGGGAGCCAAUGGAGUGGAGGAGAACGUACGGCCGGGCACCAAAAAUGAUCCACCUUGAAGCUAAUUUUGUCCAGUUUAAAGAGGAGCUACUUCCUAAGGAGGGCAACAAGGCUCUCCUCACUUUCCCAUUCCUCCACAUCUACUGGACUGACUGCUGUGAUACAGAAGUAUACAAGACCUCAGUAAAGGAGGACAUGUUGCGCUGGCAGAACAGCUUACGGUUGCACGGCUCCGCUGACUGGGUCAUCAUUGUUGUGGAGACCAAUGAUACCAAGAAGAAGAACAAGACCAACAUCCUGCCUCGCGCGUCCAUCGUGGACAAGAUACGUAGUGAUUUUUGCAACAAACAGAACGACAGGUGUGUGGUGCUGUCUGAUCCACUGAAGGACUCAACUCGCUCUCAAGAAUCCUGGAAUUCCCUGUUGCUUAAGUUGCGAACUCUGCUGCUCAUGUCCUUCACAAAGAACCUCGGUCGCUUUGAAGACGACAUGCGCACGCUUAGAGAGAAACGCACCCAGCCCGGCUGGAGCUUCUGUGAAUACUUCAUGGUCCAGGAGGAGCUGGCCUUUGUUUUUGAGAUGCUGCAGCAGUUUGAAGAUGCCUUGGUCCAGUACGAUGAGCUGGAUGCUCUUUUUACUCAAUAUGUCCUUAACUUUGGAGCUGGAGAUACUGCCAACUGGCUUGGCUCCUUCUGCGCCCCGGUUCGCAGCUGGAACGGCUUGCUCCUUCGGCGGCCCAUCGACAUGGAGAAGAGAGAUGGGAUUCAGCGAGGCGAGGCCAGCCUGUUGGAUCUGAGGAGCUACCUCUUCUCCCGCCAGUGCACCUUACUGAUCUUCCUGCUGAGGCCCUGGGAGGUCACACAGAGAGCCCUGGAACUGCUGCACAAUUGUGUCCAGGAGCUUCGCUUGCUAGAGGUGUCGGUGCUGGAGGGGUCCCUGGACUGCUGGGUUUUUCUCAGCUGCUUGGAGGUCCUGCACAGGAUCGAGGGCUGUUGUGAUCAAGCUCAGUUGGCUGCCAACUGCUCGCAUACUGUCGGCCUUUGGGCCUACGCGACAGACAAGCUGAAGUCUCUAGGGGAACUCUGCGGCUUGGUGUCGGAGAAGGGACCCACAUCUGAGGACCUGAACAGGACUGUAGACCUGCUGGCCGGACUGGGGGAUGAACGGCCCGAGACUGUCCACAGUUUGCAGAGCCCUUACAAAAAGCUGAAAGAGGCUUUGUCGUCUGUGGAAGCUUUUGAAAGGCACUAUCUUGAACUCUCCCACGCUGCUAUGGAGAUGUACAGGGCCAUUGGGCGGCUGAGGUCUGCCAGACUGGUGGGGAAAAGCCUGGCUGAGUUCUACAUGAGGAAGGGGGACCCAGAGCGGGCUGAAAGCUUCCUACAGGAAGCCCUGAAGUCCUACGUAUCAGAGGGGUGGAGCCUCCCUGUCACUCACACCAGGAAACAGAUUGCAGAGUGUCAGAAACUGCUGAGCAGAACCGAGGACUACCUGCAGACCAGUGCCUUGUUGGCUGGUGAUCUGAAUCUGACCUCAGAGGAGAGGAAGCACUUUUGUCAGGAAAUUCUGACCUUCGCUGCGAAGGCUGGAGAGGACUCUCACAAAGUGACCCUGAGCAUGGCUGUUUUUGCCCAACUCACGCGGCUGCAGUUCCAUCCAGCAACAGCCUCUGUGCACUCUGGAGCCGAUCUGCGAGUGGUGCUCACUCUGCGCUGCCUGAUGCCCUUGUCGGUCCGAAUACAGCAAGUAGCUGCUAGCAUUCACUUCGAUGUGGAUCGUGGUGGGACCCGUGGAAGGUCUAAGGGAGCUCAGAGACCGACGAACCCAGGGACAGUGGAGUUUACCCACAGUAGCUCAUCGGCAGGGCCGCCGUCCUCUUCAUCCGUUGGUCCUUCUUUGGAACUGGAUGAGAUUCACGACAGGAGUCCGUCGGACAAUACUCUCAACUCUGCAGGAGUGGUGUGUAAGAACACACACCUACUGCUGCGCCGUCAUGACAGUAACACUCCGCCGGACACGCCUAACUGUGUCAGUCCACCUGCUGUUGCAAUGAAGGAAGGAGCACAGAUGCUGAAAGUGCAGGAUGUAACGUUAGAGCCUGGGAACAACAACGUCAUAUUCACAGCACCAAGUGAACAACCAGGUACUUACACUUUGCGCCAGCUGUGUGCUACAGUGGGUCAGGUCCAGUUCGUGCUGCCUCAUAUUUACCCAUCGGUCCAGUAUGAAGUGUAUUCUCAGGAGCCACAGCUCACUGUGGAGCCUCUCUCAGAGCCUCUGUUAGCUGGUCUACCUCAGAAGGUAAAGUUCACUCUGCUAACGGGUCACUACACUGUGAAGAAAGGUGUUGCUCUGCAGCUCAGCAACACAGACACUAUGCCCAUCUUACCCUCCACCUCCUGCACCGCCCACAUCCGCGACCCUGCCGCUGAGUUGGUGGGUGAAAGUGUCCUCUCCAUCCAGUCGUCUGAGAAGGUGACCAGCAUCAGCCUGCCACCCACCCCUCCCUAUCACACUUUGGAGUUCCAGCUUGAGGUCCUGUGCAUUAUCCCGUCUGGGUCUGACCGACCUGCCAACGAGAGGCUGACUAACGGGGAGGUCCGCCACCGGCCGCGCAGCUACAGUCACCCCGACACGCCCAUGACUGCCAUCGACCAGAGGAUGUCCAUCGACUGUCCUUGGUCGAUCUACUCCACUCUGCUUGCCCUCACUUUCUACAUCCCUUUCAAAACCAAACACUCACUGCUUUCUGCUGGUAACAGGAAGUACAUCCAGGUGUGUGUGCAGAAUGUGUCAGAUGUGAACUUCAUGCUGGCAGAAGUGAAGUUGACAGAGAAGCAGCACCCGUCGCUGGAGCUACUGUCCCUCAACACUAAAACACAACAGCCUUUGUGCAGUAAACACAGUGUGUUCUGCUUAUGGGAGGUGAGGUGGAAGGACGACCUGCCCUCCUGUCUGCAGUGUGUUUUCUCUGCCACCUUCUCUCCGCUCAACCAAGACAUCUCCGCCUUCAAACCCUUUCACUACCAGUUCAAUCUCGAGAGAGUCACUACAUUGUACAGCGUGCGAGCUGAGAUCCUGCCCCCUGCUGGCGAGCAGCACUGUCGCUCUGGUUUCCUCUGCGGCCUGGAGGUGUCUGUGACGCGGCUGUCUGAGCCCGCAGAGGGCGAGCUGGCAGAGGAGACCGACACGGAUGGCCUCAAAACCACUAAACUCAUGUAUGAAGUGGCUGACAGCAGCAGCAACUGGGCAGUGUGCGGCAAGAGUUCGGGGAUCGUUUCGAUGCCUUUGAGAGCCAACGCCACUCACAAGGUGCAGAUUGAGGUGAUGCCUCUGUUCGCAGGACACCUGCCUUUCCCCAAGAUCAAAGUGCUGAAGUACCUGCCACACACUGCAGCAGUGGCCAUCCAGCCAGACCCUGACAGCUGUGUGGAAAACGACAGCCUGUCCUUGCUGGACAAGACCCUGGACGACCAAGCGGACACGGCGAGCAUCCGCAGCCGGGGCAGCGUCCACUCCGUCGGCAGCGGGGAUCAGCAGCAGAAGGGCGUGGCCAUGCCGCGGCUGGAAGCCUUCAGCCCCGGACAGGUGUUCAACAACAGCCACGCGCGGCAGGUCCUGGUGCUGCCCGCCACCGACGACCACAUCGUGGAAGUCAACGCCACAUGACCCCGGUGACGGUGCCGCCCGCCCCUUCGUACAGGACUGAACGCAGCGCCUGGAUGGACUCUGCUGAGCUUUGCUCCGAGGCGGACCAGGGUCAUCGAGUCGCUGUCGGACACCGCUGCAGGUUGCCAGUCAAGCAUGAAACCCUCACAUCACUGGAGACAUUAAAAACAAGACUCAGUGAAGAGCCAACGACACCUGCUGAUAAAUUUAAAUAAAGAAUUUUCUUUGCCAUACAAUGUACAUAGUUCACUGGAUGGAUUUAUAGUUAUAAAUAUAUAAAUAUAUAUAUGGACUAUCAAUCAGGUCGUGCUUUGACCUAAAGAAACACUCUGGAUUGCCCCAUGAUGCACCAAAGCCGUAGAUGUGUGUUUGCCUCAAUCAGCUACUGAAGUACUGUAAUUAUGAGUGAGGGUGCCCAGCUGUUAGCGCUGCUCCGGUGACUCUCAGGUGGCCGUCAUUUGUAUCAGAGACGACAACGUUGAAGUAGCUAAACCAAGCUGCUCUUUCAUUUCUCAAAUAGAAUCAAGUUAAUGUAUUAUUGAGACGUAUUCAUUGUCCUCAAAUACUGUCUCCUGCUGUCCAACAAAUGUGAUUGUUCAACACAGGUCAGUAGCAUCAAUAAUUCAUAGUUCUAUAAUUUGGAAAGAUUUGACUCGAAACACAGUUCGGCCCUUUUUAUCAUUACUACUAGGAGCUACAGUGGAAGAGCCUGUGGUGAUUAUACCGUGACAAACACAGAAUCACCAUCGAUCCUUGUUCUUUUUGUACCAAAGCAGAGACAUCGACACCAAACUGUCAAAUGAAACUAAUGAUGACACAAGAGACACAGACCAGUGUGUGUAUCUGUUUAGCUCUACCUGUGUGCAUGGGUUUGUUUGUGUGUGUGUGAGUGUGUGUGAGAGCGAGAUCAGGUGAGACUUUUGACUAAGGAUCAGCCAGUGCACAUUAACGUCUAACUAUUGUCUUACCAGUGGAUUGUUCAUAUAUAGUGUGUGUAUAUUUAUUCUGUGUGUAUGUGUGUGUGGCUUAGGGGAGUAUGUGCUUCGCCCAAUUUGUGUCCAAGCUAUGCACACACGCCGUUCGAUGUUGAGUAGAUGAAUGAAACGAGUCCUUGGGAUGGAUUUAUUCAUUUGUUUGGUUGAAAGGAUGAAUGUCUUCUUCCGCUCCUUACAUCCCGCCGGCGUGCACACAGUGUAACUACAGCCUCCUCCGGUUUGACCAGUGUACAUACUGAUCUGUAAAUAUUGACUGAAAUCCAAAUCCUCUUUGAUUGCCAACUAUAUUAAAAAUCAAUGGAACCGA